AAUUUAAGAUUUCUCUUGUGUGUCGGUACAGAGAUGCAGACGGAGCGUGCAAAGAGGAUGGACUCUGCAGGAGAAGAAGCGUCCCUGAAUUCACCUGAGCUGCCCUGGAACCAGCUCUAUUUGAAGAGAAGGACCGAGUCCAGGAUCCAGUUGAGGAGGAGAGUGUGCUUCACUGGCCCUGCUGCUGCUGCUGUUACCGGGGUAUUGGCAAUCCUCAUACUGGCUGCUGGCAGUGUGAGCAGCGACAGUGAGUUUGUGACAGUCCCGAGCUCAGUGAAGUGUACUGAGGGGCAGGACUGUAUCCUGAGCUGCACCUUCAACUACACAGCUGGAGGCUGGGAUGAGAAGUCAGGUGUGAUCUGGAGAAGAGCAGAAAUGCACGACAUCGUUCACAGGAUCCGCAACAACACAGACCGGCUUGCUGAUCAGUCCCCUCUGUAUGUGAACAGGACCAGCCUGUUUGAUUCUGAGCUGCAGCGCGGGAACGCUUCACUGCUGCUGAGGAGAGUCAGGGAGGGAGAUGCUGGAGAAUACAAGUGCUCUGUUAAUGCUCCCAGACUGUACGGGUCGGGCCUAACUGAGGUAGUCGUGGUUCCGGCUCCACCCACAACAGCACCAGCUCAUGUGACAGUCCCGAGCUCAGUGGAAUGUACUGAGGGGCAGGACUGUAUCCUGAGCUGCUCUUUCAACGACACAGCUGGAGGCUGGGAUGAGAAGACAGCUGUGAUCUGGAGAAGAGCAGAAAUGCACGACAUCGUUCACGGUUACCAUGACAACACAGACCGGCUUGCCGAUCAGUCCCCUCAGUAUGUGAACAGGACCAGCCUGUUUGAUUCUGAGCUGCAGCGCGGGAACGCUUCACUGCUGCUGAGGAGAGUCAGGGAGGAAGAUGCUGGAGAAUACAAGUGCUUCGUUUCCACUCCCAGACUGUCCGGGUCGGGCCUGACUGAGGUAGUCGUGGUUCCGGCUCAACGACACCACUGGUGGGUUUUAGAAGCAGUUCUUCUUUGUGUGAUUGCAGUGUAUGUGACUCUAUAAAAGAAAUGAAAGUCCAGCACAGGCAGUGCCGUUAUCAGACGUGAUCGAGGAGCCCAGUGAAGUCAGACCGCUCCCCUGCACUGCUCAAUAUACCCAGUUUAAUACAAGCUCCCAAAACGAAAAAGUCACUUUUGAAUUAGGAAACGUGAUCAGUGUUGAAGAGAAAUUUUAAACAUCACAUUGUUUCCUGGACGAUUGAACUAUAAUCUGUACUCUCGUUGUCUUUGCACGAUAUCAGAGCAAUCCAGCAAAGAGAGACAGUAGUUUAUUCAACAUGACAUUAACCUCUUCAGCUCCAGGAUGCACAUCAAAGGAAAGAGCACUUGCAGUACCACGCCCUGCAUGCGCACGUCAAGGUUUGCCGUCUGUUCUCUGGGGUUUUUAUUUUCAAUCUGAUCUCUUUGUAUUCAUGCUCUGAGGCAGGGUUAGUGUGUGUGUUUUGAAGUCGGGGAGGAGAGAUGGAAAUCAUCAGGUGACUUUAUUAUCCAGUUGCGUUCCGUGCACAAAUCCCUCUCUAUCUGUGAAGACAUUGACAAGAGCUGGAGACGAUCAACGAUCUCAAGUAUAUACAGAGUAUUUCACAGUAUUAUUUCUGCAGUUUUGCUUGUCUACCUUUAUUUUAUAUUCGUAUUUGAUUGCAAAAAAUAUAUGGCAGCGUACAUGGAUUGUGAGAAGAGGAGCGCUGAAGAGUUUGAGCCGUGUUCGGAGGAUUUCUGAAAGCAGCGACAGCACUUGGAGUAUCUUUUACAGUGCUGGGACAAAAUACUGUGAAGCCAGAAAUACUUGCAACCAAAACAUUCAGUGAAUCACUCCCGUAAAACCUAUUUUACUCCAGAAAUUUGGCAGCCUGUUGCAAAUACAAAACAGCUGCAUCGAACAUGGAUUUUAUUCUAAUUAUUAUUAUUUUUUUAACAUAGAAACUCCAAAACCAAGAAAUUCUUAGUCUGAAUUCUCUGUACUAUUUUAGUAUAUUUUAGAAAAUAGAAAAAUAUGCUCAACUUGUUUAAUAAUAUAGAAUGGAGUUUAUUUUUUUUGUCCUGUAAAGAAAAAUCUAUUUAUUAGAAAAAAGAUAUAUUUUUCUUUGUCUGUAUACAUUUCUGUAUUCAACCUGAAACUGAACUGAGGCCAAAUAAACCAUUAACCUUAAAGAUGUUUUCUUUGUAUAAUAUAAUUAAGUACAAUAUGAACUUUUAGUCAAGUGUUUCGACAAACAGUUUAUUUCAAUUUUUUUUUUAUUCUUUGUUUAUUUAGCAGACACCUUUAUCCAAGGCGACUUACAGAGACUAGGGUGUGUGAACUAUUCAUCAGCUGCAGAGUCACUUACAACAUCUCACCCGA